AUGUGGGUAAGGCUCGAAUUACAAGCGCGACCGGCCCAGCUGGCGAUCAGCAACUCGGUAGUCGCGCUUCUAGCACAAAUGCAACCACCACGGUUUAACAUGCAACCAUCGUCUUCAAACAGCAUCGUUAGAGAAAGCACUACGAAGAUAUUACAAUGUUCUGCAAUUGGUAUACCUCAACCGAUGUACAGGUGGCUAAAAGACGGUGUGCCACUAGGCGAUUACUCAUCUGAACUUUUCUAUAAAAUUCAGAACACUCGCAGGGAGGACGCUGGAGCUUACCAAUGCAUAGCGAAGAAUGAAGUUGGCGCUAUAUUCAGUGAAAAAAACAAUAUCGUCGUAGCGUAUAUGGGAAUGUUCGAAAAUACUAUCGAGUCAGUGGUGACUGUUGAAUCAGGGAAGGCAGCUAUACUAGAUUUCCCCGCCAUAGAUUCGGAACCACCGCCAUCCGUAAUCUGGCAGGAUGAAAAGGGGGCCAACGGUGUUUUGAGUUAUGUUCAAAAAUACGCGAUCACCGAUAAACAUCAACUUGUGAUCCUAUGCGCGUCAGAGGAUGAUCAAAGAGCAUAUCGAGCCAGAGCCAUCAAUACACAAUUAGGGAAAGUAGAAAAUAGCCCCUACAUCAGGUUAAAUGUUUACGGCGAUGACACGAAAGAAAUCGCCCCAGAGAUUAUAAUAAAACCGCAAGACACUAAAAUAAUAAAAGGUCAGGAAUAUACAAACAUAUAUUGUAUAGUCAACGCUCGGCCGCUACACGAACUCGAAACGUUAUGGUUCAAAGACGGCAUAUUGAUCGAUUUAGCCGGAGUGACUUACGAUCUAAACGACCCGUGGAAUAGGACAUUGAGUUUGAUAUCAGCGAAUUCGAACCACACGGGCGAGUAUAUGUGCCAGGCGAGAUUAAAAACGGGGGGCUUCGCCACUGUCACUGCCUCCGCGAGCGUCACGGUAUUCGAGAAGCCAGUCAUGUUGACUAAUCUCAAAUCCGAAACGUAUGGCGAGUACGGAAAUACAAUCACAUUGGAGUGUAACGUCCAAGGCCUUCCUUUACCCGGGAUCACGUGGUACAAAGAUGCUCGGAAAAUUGCGAGCGUCGGUGCAGACGCCGGGGAACCAGAUAACGCCGAUGUUGACGACGGAGGCGGGCGGUAUAGGGUCGAAGUAGAUAGGUCUCUCGUUAUAAGCGAUCUUAAAAUGGAAGAUAUGGGCGUGUACCAGUGCAUCGCAAGCAACGAAGCGGGAGAAUCCUCCAUUUACACAUGGCUCAAAAUUAAAACGUCUCCACCAGUAAUGCAAUCUGCCCCAUCAAACCUCACGGUUCUGGAUGGCAAGGAUGCCACCAUCACCUGCAGAGCAGUCGGUGCCCCGACACCAAAUGUCACCUGGUACUUUAACGAUUCUCUGAUAAUAAAUUUGUCUGGAAGACUUCAAGCGUUGGAAGAAGGCGAUCUGUUAAUUACAAGUACCACUAAUGCUGAUAGUGGUAAAUACACAUGCAUUCGCGCUAACGAGGCGGGAAACGUUUCUGGAGAAGCGUUUCUUACUGUGCUGGUACGAACUCAAAUCAUCGCCCCGCCAGUGGAUACACGCGUUCUGUUGGGACACACGGCGACGUUACAAUGCAAAGUAUCGAAUGACCCCAACGUUAAGUACAACAUAGACUGGUUCCACAACAAUCAACCAAUGACCGCCGGAUCGCGAGUGUGGGUAUCGGGGGAUGGUGCGUUGCAAGUGCAAGCGGUGCGCGCGAGCGACGCUGGCGAGUACAAGUGCAUAGUGACGUCACCCGGCGGUAACCACACGCGAAAGGCAGUCCUUUCUGUCAUAGAGCUACCUUUUUCACCGACGAACGUUCGAGCGGAAAGAAUAGAUGCGACGCCACAAAGGGCGGUCAAUGUUUCCUGGACGCCCGGUUUCGAUGGAAAUUCACCAAUACAGAAAUACAUUGUACAAAGACGCGUUGUUCCAGAGUUUGGUCCUACGCCAGAUCCUUUAUUAAACUGGAUAACAGAGCCGACGAAUGUCUCAGCGAAUCAACGCUGGGUUUUGCUUACUAGCCUAAAGGCGGCUACUACCUAUCAAUUUCGCGUAUCCGCUGUCAACACUGUGGGCGAAGGCCCACCUUCCGACCCUACGGACGUUUUGACAUUACCACAAGAAGCUCCGUCUGGUCCACCUAUCGGCUUUAUGGGGUCGGCCAGAUCUUCAUCAGAGAUUAUCACACAAUGGCAACCUCCCCUAGAAGAACAUCGAAAUGGGCACAUCCUAGGUUACGUCAUAAGAUACCGCCUAAAGGGAUACGAUAACAGCCCGUGGACCUACCAAAAUAUAACCAAUGAAGCCCAAAGAAAUUACCUGAUACAAGAUUUAAUUACAUGGAAAGAUUAUAAUGUACAAAUAGCGGCAUAUAACGAUAAAGGAGUGGGGAUGUUCUCUGAUAGUUACACAAUUAAGACAAAGGAGGGUGUCCCGGAGGCAGCACCAGACAAUGUCCGUUGUGAAGCAUUCAACUCUACCUCCAUCAAGGUCUGGUGGACCCCACCUAAUCCACAAAAAAUCAAUGGCAUCAAUCAGGGUUACAAGAUUCAAGCGUGGAAGUGGGACGACCGACAUAAUGAUAGCAUAGAAUACACGCUCGUUAGUGUACCUCCGAACUUGUUGGACCCAUUAACGGAACAGGCAUCUGUCAUAUGUGGCCUCGAAAAAUUCACUGAAUACAACAUGUCGGUGUUAUGUUUCACGGAACCAGGAGAUGGUCCCAGAAGUGAUUUUGUCCUCACAAGGACUAAAGAAGACAUUCCCGAUGAAGUAGUUAAUUUACAAUUUGACGAUAUAUCGGAUCGAGCUGUCCGGGUUUCAUGGUCGCCACCUAAGAAAUCUAACGGCGUUCUUAUUGGAUACAAGCUUUCGUAUCAAGUGAAAGAAAAUCCAGAUACAUUAAAAGAAGAGAUUUUAGCGCCAAACGUGACCAGUAUUAGAGUCGAACAUUUGCAGGCCAGUACUCAGUACAACUUCUGGGUGAGCGCCGUGACAGGAAUCGGGGAAGGCCCUCGGAAAUCCGCCUCGAUACAGUCUGGUGUAGAGCCCGUGUUGCCGUAUGCACCGAAAAAUCUUGCCCUUUCCAACAUCGACGCCUUCUCCGUUUUGCUACAAUUCACUCCUGGUUUUGACGGCAACUCUUCAAUAUCCUUGUGGACUGUGCAGGCACAAACAGCUCGCAAUACUUCAUGGGUGACGAUAUACGAAGUAACUGCGCCUGAUGCCCAGUCAAUCCUGGUGGCUGGACUAGUACCGUUCACUACUUAUCGCUUGCGGCUUAUAGCAACAAACGUGGUCGGCAGUUCGCCACCUUCUGAACCCUGCAAGGAGUUCCAAACCAUUCAGGCUCCACCUCAACAUCCGCCUAGAAACGUCACCGUGAGAGCUGUGAGCGCAAACAAUUUACGUGUGCGCUGGAUUCCCCUGCAACAAAGCGAAUGGUACGGUAACCCUAAAGGUUACAACAUAACGUACAAAAGGAGCGGCACGAACGAUACACUGUUCGCAAUUAUCGAAGAUCACACCGCGAACUCUCAUGUUCUUUCUAACUUGGAGGAAUGGUCGGUUUACGAGAUCCGUAUGACGGCAAUCAACGAGGUCGGAGUUUCAGUUGCAAGCCCGACCGCUACGGAAAGAACUAGAGAAGCUGUGCCAUCUAGUGGCCCUACUGAUGUGUCAGCAAACGCGACAUCAUCAACCACUGUAGUUGUGUUAUGGGGAGAUAUACCAGUACCGGAUCAAAACGGUCUCAUAGAAGGGUAUAAAGUGUGUUACGCAGCCGUAGUGCCUCCACCGAGGCCGGACCACAAGAAGGUCGAUUGUCAAGCGAUACCGUCGAAUCAGACCCACACAGUGACCCUGACUGAACUCAGGAAGUAUGUGUUAUAUCAAAUUCAGGUUUUGGGAUAUACGCGUCUCGGAGAUGGUGCUCUCAGCGACCCAUCUGUCUCUGUUAGGACCUUCGAAGAUACACCUGGACCACCCUCGAAUGUCUCUUUCCCUGACGUUUCAUUUACAUCUGCAAGGAUUAUAUGGGACGUACCCGAGGAUCCAAAUGGAGAAAUAUUAGCGUACCAAAUCACCUAUCACUUGAACAGUUCUACGAAGCACAUGUUUUCCAAAGAAUUUCAACCAUCGCAGAGGACUUUCCGAGCAACUGAGUUAUCGUCGGAGCAAUACUAUCUAUUUAGCGUUCGCGCGCAAACACGUCUGGGCUGGGGAGCUACCGCUCGUGCGCUUGUCCUGACAACCGCAAACAGAGCUGCGCCAGCGCCGCCCGCGAGACCGCAUUUGGCUCGCUCACUACUUCAGCCACAUCAAAUCACCUUCUCUUGGACACCUGGCGACGAUGGAUACGCACCGUUACGAUACUACACUGUACAACAGAAAGAAGAGGGGGGUACUUGGCAAACUCUGCCAGAGCGAGUGGACGCAUUUGCAACAUCAUACACCGUGGAUGGACUGAAACCAUACACAGCGUAUCAGUUCCGAAUCCGGGCUACGAACGACAUUGGACCGAGUCGUUACAGCAAUGCUACAGAAACUGUUCGCACUUUACCAGCAGCACCCAGCAAAGCUGUAGAAAACUUACGCGUGGUUCCGAUAACGCCAAGCAGCGUGCGCGUUCAGUGGUCGCCCUUGUCUGAGGCGCAGUGGAGCGGAGACGCGCGCACGGGCGGUUACCGCGUGCUCUACCAACCGCUCACUGACUUCACCGCAACUCUGCAGAACACCAUGAAACAAGAAGUACCCGGCAUUAAGAGCGAGGAAGUUGUACUGACAGACCUAGCAGUGGAUCGUAAUUAUGAGAUCAGCGUGUUUGCGGUUAAUUCACAAGGCUUGGGUCCGGGAGGGGCCCCUGCUGUGGUGUGGGUGGGUGAAGCUGUUCCGACUGCGCCACCCCAGCAGGUCACAGCCGAACCGGUCUCUCCAACUGAGGUUGCUCUCACUUGGCGCCCUCCUUUACUUGAUCAGCAGAACGGAGACCUACUUGGGUAUAAGAUAUUCUAUUUGAUGACUGAAUCUCCCGAGGAACCGGAGCCCGGAAGGCGUGUAGAAGAAGAAAUUGAAGUAGUACCGGCUACCGCCACAUCGCAUUCACUGGUUUUCCUCGACAAAUUUACACAAUAUCGAAUACAGGUCAUAGCAUUCAAUCCAGCGGGAGAUGGACCACGAUCUCACGCAGUUCUUGUGCGGACACAUCAAGGUUUGCCUUCAGCUCCGCGAAAUAUUACCUUCAGCGACAUCACUAUGAAUAGCCUCGUGGUGGCCUGGGAGGCUCCGCGAAGGCGUAACGGUCUCAUACAUUCUUAUCUUGUCACUUAUGAGACCAUCGAACAGGAUGAACGAUUCAGCAGACAAGUAAAACAAAAGGUCUCUGAGCGUCGACUGGCAGUUGGAGGGUUAGAGGAGGAGGUGGAAUACCGCUUUAGCGUGCGUGCAGUAACGAUUGGCGCUGGUGGAGCGGGCGAAGCAAGAGUACGCACUGGACCUCAGCUCGGUUCCCCAGAACCUCCGAGGGCAUUGGCACUAAGAGCGGACCCUGCUGCCUUACACCUGCGCUGGACAAAUGCACCGUCCGGUCGAGGUCCUCUAUUAGGAUAUUAUAUUGAAGGACGAAAAAAAGACGACACGAGGUGGGAAACAAUUACACGAACAAAUAACGGGAUGUUGGAGGAAUUCACAGUGUCUUAUCAGACCCUACUGCCCUCAACAGCUUACUCGUUCCGUGUGAUCGCGUACAACAUGUACGGAAUCAGCAAUCCUACAUAUAGCGACAAGGUUAUAGUUACACCAUCAAAACUUUACUUGGAAUACGGCUUCAUGCAAUAUCGGCCAUUUUACCAUCGCACCUGGUUCAUGGUUGCUCUCGCAGCCGCGUCUAUCAUCAUUAUAAUUAUGGUCAUAGCCAUUCUGUGUGUGAAAAGCAAGAGUUAUAAAUACAAAAGGAAUUAUAUCGGUCUCACAGAGGAGGCGCAGAAGACUCUAGAGGAGUCACUAGCCGGCGAGACGGAGGACCGGGGCUCGCUGGCAAUGGAGCUCUAUCGCUCCCGCGCCGGUUCAGCUGCGUCCACGGGCGCGCUGGGCGCUGGCACCCUGCGCCGUAAACCUCCCCCCGCUCCAGCACUCGCCAAGUCCCCUCCGAGACCCUCCCCGGCCUCGGUCGCUUACCACAGCGACGAAGAAAGCCUCCGCGGAUACGACGAGAACCCGGACGACUCGUCCCUCACAGAGAAGCCGUCGGAGAUGAGCUCUUCAGACUCACAGAACUCGGAGAGCGAAAACGAGAGCGUCAGAUCGGAGCCUCACUCUUUCGUGAAUCACUACGCGAACGUUAACGACACGCUGAGGCAAUCGUGGAAGCGGCAGAGACCUGUCAGGAACUACUCGAGUUACACAGACUCUGAGCCGGAGGGCAGCGCCGUGGUCAGCUUGAACGGAGGCCAAAUUGUCAUGAACAAUAUGGCACGAUCUCGGGCCCCAUUACCCGGGUUCUCCUCGUUCGUAUGA